ACAUAUCCAGACAUACGCGAGUGAAUAAGUAUAACGUUAUCAGUGAUGGGUGAUAGUAAAAUGGACCCCAAACAGGAACCGAACCAAUCGCCCCCCAAAACCGAACCAACCAGCAACCCUACCACCGACCAAGACCCACAACCGCUCGCCAGCACUUCAGCCACCACCGUCAUCAGAAGACACUUCAUCACGCCAGCAGGCACCAUCGUUGAUAACGAAAACCAACCCCCUGAGCCAUCAAACGAGGAAACUGUCAACACCGCCACCUCCACACCCCGCGAACAGAGCCCCGUGGAGUACAAAGCCGAGCCUGCCGAACCUGCGGAGCCUGCGUACCAAGAGCUGCCGCAGCAAUUCGAAGACACCAAGACCUACGCGGUGGAAAUGCCGGCUGAAGCCUACCAGACCCACGAGACCUUCGCGCAGGAGACGUUGACCUAUCACGCUAACAUGGAUGGGAACUUGGUGGCUGUGUCUGGUGAUAUCGAGAACCCCGGUGAUUAUGUGAGCCUACAGACUUCCCAGUACGCUAGCGGGUUCACAGACGGAACGCAGUAUCUGAUGGCUCAUCAUCAGUAUCAGCCGUACAGCGAGAGGGGGAGUGUGGAUAGUUCUUCGCCGCCUGGACCGUUGUUUCUACGGGAUCCGAAUUUGGCGUCUUCCAGGCUUCAGGUCAAUUUCGACGCCACUACUACCCAACCCCAAGUCAGUCUCCUGCCUGUGGCAAGCGAAGGCUACUACACCACAGCCGGCACCUGGCCAAGCACCAGCAACGGCGUGUACCACCACCACGCGCAGCAGCAACCGCAGCAGCCGCAGCAGUACCAGCCGGGCGGCAUCAACGUCCUCCACGCGGCAGACAGUACCCAGUACCCGGGCCAGUACGCCAACACCCAGUGGUCGGACAACGGGGCCAUGGAGGAUCAGCGGCCUCCCACCAGCCAAGAGGUACUAGUCAAAGAAUGCGUAAAUUGCGGUGCUAGCGUAACACCACUUUGGCGUAGGGACGGUACCGGGCACUAUCUUUGUAACGCGUGCGGCCUCUACCAUAAAAUUAAUGGGGUGCACAGACCGCCGAUUAGACCGACCAAAAAACCACAGGCGGACUCUUUGCAGACUGGCAGUCGAAGAAAUGGAGUUUCAUGUGCGAAUUGUAAAACCACUAAUACAACGCUCUGGAGGAGGAAUAACCAAGGCGAACCAGUGUGCAAUGCAUGUGGACUGUACUUCAAACUUCAUAAUGUGAACAGGCCAAUAGCUAUGAAGAAAGAGGGCAUCCAGACACGUAAAAGGCGACCGAAAACUUCUUCAGCCGGUAGCUCUGGCAGCUCAGCACAAAUGAGAAUGAUGAAUAAUUCCCCAUAUUAUCAACAUACGGAAUUAGAACUGUCUCAAGAUCAGUACCAGCUUCCGAUGCAGGUGUAUCAGCCGCCACAGCAACAGCAACAACAGGCUGCUUACAGGCACCAGUACCCCGUAGAUCAACUCAGAGGGCUAAAUGUCCAGACUGUCCAGCCUCUCCAGCCAAUAGUCACAGCAGAGGAAGAACAAGCCAGUGUCAUUACUUCCACGUCCCAUCAGCAGCCAAGAUACAGACCAGGAGGUGAAGAAGACGAUGGUAGUAGUAGCAACCCACCAAAUGCUUGAAAGAAAAUAAUUUGAUAGUUCAAUUACAGAAAAUUAAGUGCCUCUACUUGUAAUCACAAUUAUUAAAUAGUUUUGCUCUACAAGAGCUGAUGAUCUAUAGAUAGAACGACAAUUAAUUCUCUGACAAUGGCUGAUAUUUUUUUGCCAUGAGGAAAAAAGAAAAUCAAUUCAUGAUAUGUAGUAAGAAAGUAAUAAGUGUACGUUCCUAUCUAUAUACCAACUUUCUUUAUAUUGAUGCCUCAUAUACAGGGUAGUUCAAGAUCACUUAACAAUAUUUUUGGGUCAUCUAAAUUUAUGUAUAUAGGUAUCAAAUAUUGCAUGGUCCAUGAAAAAAAUUAGAAUACUCCUUGAGGUAAAGAUAGGUUCUGACUGAGAAUAAUAUAUGUAUAAACAUCAGGUGUCAAGAUAUAUGUCUUAUAUUUGCGUAGAUAUUUUUUUGUCAACGAAAUAUUUUUAUUUUUGAACAUUGAUAGUACAACAAAAAUAUUUUUAGACGAUUUUGAAACACCGCGUGUACUAAAAACCAAGCUUAUAAUCGCAGGCAGAGGAACAAAAUCGAAAAAAAUUGUAAAUAUUUUGAAGAAUCUGAAAACAUCGAACUUCAUACAAUAGAAAAACUACCUAUACCUUUCAUUAUACAGGAAGAACUUUAACGAUUCUAACCUUUUACUAUUUCAUUGAAAUUUUGUUACUUUGACAUACGUCUCUCCCUACGUACUUAUUAUACAAGAUGAACAUAUAGGUAUACAGAAUAUAAAAGUUGAAAGUAACUGAACUUGCAGCCAUGAUUUUGCGUUCAUGGAUAUCACGCAGGGCUUAGCUGAAUGGUUACCAUUAGCUCAAUUACCUAUAUAAAAGCUCAAUUUUUUAUUGUGAUGGAUGACCCGUUGACAUUUUUUCUCGAAUAGAAACAACAGAAGGGGGAAAGAACCAAUCAUGUCGAUCUGAAUUCUGAUAAACUGGUAAAGGUAUGCAUGCAAUAUCAAACUCAAUUAAUGAGUAUAAAAAUAUUGGGGGGAGAUUAUGCUUACUUCUCAAUUCAAAAUAGUCAUAGUAUACUGUAUUGGUAUACAUACGUGCGCUAUAAAUUUUAUACCGAAAACCAUAAUCUUAAAACAUAUUAAAUGACGUAGUUUUCUUCUGGUUCAUGAAAUAUUUAGUUAUACACCUAUCUUCAUACAUUUUUCGUUUCGAUAGUGCGAUAGUGAAUUGAUAUAUAUACCUAUAUGCAUUUAAAUUAGGAAAGCAUCAAAUGCCAUAUUCUAGUCUAUAUUGUCGAUAGGAAGUUGAUGAUGAGCCUUUUAUUAAUUAUAUUGAAUAAAUAAGUACCUACUUUUGAAAUCAGAGAUAAUACUUAGAAUUUCUACUCAUAUCGCAAUAGGUUCACGCCCCUUCGUGACACUCCAUUCAGAUAUCUCUAGUUUUCAACCUGUAAAUUGCGAAAUCUAUCUUCAUAGUCUCCUUGUAUAUAAUAUGAUGUGAGUAUAAACAUUUCGUUUUAUGUAAAAUUCUCUAUUGUAAACAUUCGCUACGUUAAAUUACAUACCUAUAUGUAUAAGGAGUGGUUUUUUAAAUUUGUAUUGUAUUUAUUGAUAAAAAAUAAAUGGGCAGCUGUGAUAUACUACCUA